CAUACAUACAUACAAAAUUGAGUGGGAAAGUGUAAAAAUACCAAGAAAAGCUAUGGGAUUGGUGGAGCCGCGGAGGGGGAGGGGGGGUGUUUGUUGGCGAAGAUUGGUGGGCUCAACGAACGCUUCAACGGCAUUAUUUCCCGGCCAUUAGGGUUUCGUUGAAUUUUUCUCGGUUUCUUUGUUUCCCGGCACAGAUGUGUGAUUGAAGAAGAGGAUUACUAAGAAGCUGAAGUUGAAGUUUUAGGAGGUGCGCGCUCGCGCGUGUGAUCAGGUCCUCAGGUGAAAGAUCUGAGGCUCACAUUUUGAUUUUAAUAAUAAUUAGAGAAGAGAAGGAAAAUGAGCGCUUCGAGAUUUAUUAAGUGCGUCACGGUUGGUGACGGAGCUGUGGGUAAAACUUGCUUGCUGAUUUCCUAUACCAGCAACACCUUCCCAACGGAUUAUGUGCCAACUGUUUUCGACAAUUUCAGUGCUAAUGUGGUUGUCAAUGGAAGCACUGUUAACCUGGGGUUGUGGGAUACUGCUGGACAGGAGGACUAUAAUAGGUUGAGACCUUUGAGUUAUCGUGGAGCAGAUGUUUUCAUACUAGCGUUCUCUCUUAUUAGCAAGGCCAGUUAUGAAAAUGUUUCAAAGAAGUGGAUCCCAGAGUUGAAGCAUUAUGCACCUGGUGUCCCAAUAGUUCUUGUUGGAACAAAGCUUGAUCUUCGGGAUGAUAAACAGUUCUUUAUUGACCAUCCUGGUGCUGUGCCCAUUUCAACUGCUCAAGGAGAGGAGCUUAGGAAGCUGAUUGGUGCACCUGCUUAUAUCGAAUGCAGUUCAAAAACACAGCAGAACGUGAAGGCCGUCUUUGAUGCGGCCAUAAGGGUUGUUCUUCAACCUCCAAAGCAGAAGAAAAAGAAGAGCAAAGCACAAAAGGCUUGUGCCAUCUUGUGAUUGAAUAGGUGUAAAGAGAUAAAGCAAUUGUCUGUCUUACCCUUCUUCCCCUUCCUAUCUUCUUAAUUCCCUUUGCCCUUGAAGAAGCUGUGAAGCAUCAGGUGGUUGGUUUGUUGUUACUUUCUCGGAAUUGUUUUGAUCUCUAAUUGUCAUCGGAGUACAUGGUUGCCAACUUUAGUUAACUGCUUGAGUUGUUUGAUGUAUUAAUAACAGUUAGGAAAACACCUUGAUUUGCGUGGACA